AUGGCGCCUCCGUCAGUGGCAAGUCCUAGCUUGGACGUGUCCAGCCCUGUGCGGGACACCAAGUCAUAUUUAGAGCCUACAACGGUUGCGCAGGAGACGUACGAUGAGGAUGAUAGUACAAUGAAGACGGUGGAUGACCUGGUCAGGCGGCGUGCUCGCUCACGGCCUGAUCAAGUCAUCGUGGCGUAUCCCAGGACUGGCAUUGAAUAUGUCAACUACACUAUGCAACAAUUAGACGUCUUCGCAUUCCGCACAGCAAAACACUACCAACAGCACAUACCCAAAAGAACGUCUUCUGAAGAGAAACCCAUGGUCGUUGCCAUCCUGGGGCCAUCGAACUUUGACUAUCUCGUCACCAUGCUGGCUUUGACGAAACUUGGCAUCACCACGCUAUUUCUUUCGACCAGGAUCUCCCAAGAAGCUAUCGAGUCUUUGAUUACGACUACGAAUGCACAGUUCCUCCUCGCGGACCCGAGGUACCUAAAGACGGCGCAGGCUGUGCAUCAGACUUUAAAUCAUGUUGGCGUUCUAGAAAUUGCAGGACAGUUGACGUUCAAUUUUCCCAUUGAGAUCCAUGCGGAUACCAAAUUGACUAGGGGCCUCGAUGACUCAGUCGAAACCAAUAACCUUGUAUAUAUAAUUCACUCCAGUGGAUCUACUGGACUGCCUAAGCCAAUCUACCAGACGCAAAAGUCGGCGAUUGCAAAUUACUCAAUGUCUAUGGACAUGAAGGCUUUUAUCACGCUUCCCCUCUACCACAACCAUGGAAUUUGCAACAUGUUCAGAGCCAUUUACUCCGGGAAACCUAUCCACUUGUACAAUGCAGAUCUGCCACUGACCCGAGAGCACCUGACCGGAAUAAUGAGGACCCACAAGUUCGAGAUCUUUUAUGGUGUUCCAUACGCGUUAAAACUGCUUGCAGAAACCGACGAGGGAAUGCAGUUGCUGUGUGAGCUGAACAUCGUCAUGUACGGUGGCUCGGCUUGCCCUGAUGAUCUUGGAAACCAAUUAGUAGCAAGCGGAGUCAAUCUUGUUGGUCAUUAUGGCGCGACUGAGGUCGGUCAGCUGAUGACAUCCUUCCGGCCCCAUGGGGAUACUGCUUGGAACUAUGUGCGCGAGUCGCCCAAGCUGUCGCCGUAUCUUAAAUGGAUCUCCAGGGGGCCAAACUUGUUCGAAUGUUGUGUGCUGCCUGGAUGGCCGUCCAAGGUGGCUUCUAACCAGCCCGACGGGUCCUACACUACCAAGGACUUGUUCGAGCCUCACCCAACCAUCCCUCAAGCUUGGAAGUACAUUGCCCGACUCGACGACACCAUUGCACUUGUCAAUGGCGAAAAGUUCAACCCUGUUCACGUGGAGGGCACCAUCCGUUCAAACAAGAAUGUCACCGAGGCCGUCGUCUUCGGUAUCGGCCGCCCGGCAUUAGGUGCCUUGAUUGUGCCCGCCCCUAGCUUGGCCGGCAAGUCGGAUGACGAGAUCCUCGAGAUUAUAUGGCCUGUGGUGGAAGCAGCUGGCCGCUCAGCAGAGGCGUAUGCUCGCAUCUCCAAAAACAUGAUCAAGCUGCUCCCCCAUGACUGUGCCUAUCCGAGAACAGACAAGGGCAGCGUGAUUCGCCAAGCAUUCUAUAAGAAGUGGGCGAUUGAGAUCGAUGAGACAUACGACCGAGCCGACUCCAGCAGUGGCAAUGCCAAGAGAUUUGCCGUUGCUGAACUUCGAGAUUUCCUCCGCUCGUCACUGCUCCAGACCCUCGCCAGGGAUCUCACUCUGGAAGAUGACACUGACUUCUUCUCUCUUGGCCUUGACUCACUGCAAGCGAUCCAGACACGAAGUGAGAUACUGAAGACGGUCGACAUCGGCGGUCAUUCGCUGAGCCAGACUGUUGUUUUUGAGUAUCCAUCGAUCGAGAAGCUGAGCCGCUACUUGCUAAGCCUUGGGUCCGGCGAAGACAUCACGAUGUCUUCUGCUGUUGAAGAUGAGAUGCUUGAACUCAUCGGCCAGUACGGCAACUUCAAGGCACCUGAAAGAGCCCCGAAGUCGUCUGCGAUCGUAACAGGUACCACGGGAUCGCUGGGUGCCCAUGUCAUUGCCAAGCUCGCCAUGGACUCUUCUAUCACCGCCAUAUACUGCCUUGUGCGUGCAGGGUCGGAUAAUGAGGCCAUGCAACGAGUGAAGAAGUCUCUUAUCCAGCGUCGGCUAUACCAUUCCAUGACCCUGUCGUCCCGACGGAAGCUCGUGGCUCUGGCCGCUGACCUCUCUGACUCCAAGCUGGGUCUCUCCGUCGAUGCUUAUGAAACAGUGAAGGAGAACCUCAGAACUGUCAUUCACUGUGCUUGGUCCGUCAACUUCAACAUGCGUCUGACCAGCUUCGUCAAGAGCAAUAUUGCCGGUGUCAACCACCUCAUCAGCCUGUGCAAAGCGUCUGGAGCAACACCUGCGAGCUUCAACUUCUGUUCAUCUGUCAGUGCCGUCGCCAGGUCAACAACAGUGCCAAUUCCUGAGUCUCUGCCAGACCUGACAUGGGCUCAAGGCAUGGGUUACGCGCAGUCCAAGUCGGUGGCUGAGCAUAUAUGUUCCCAGGCUGCAGAGAAGACCGGUGUCCCUUGCCGAGUCCUCCGCGUAGGUCAGAUUGUUGCGGAUACAGUCCAUGGUGUAUGGAACGCCACGGAAGCCAUCCCAUUGAUGCUUCAAACGGCCGCCACUAUGGGAGCGUUGCCGAAGUUGAAAGAGACUCCGUCCUGGCUCCCUGUAGAUACUGUUGCUCAGACGAUUCUAGACAUCUCUCUGUCCGAUACGGGCAGUACAUUCGCCAAUGUGACCAACCCGAAGACAUUCGAUUGGACUAACGAUCUGCUGCCCGCUUUGAAGGCAGCAGGCUUGCAGUUUCAAGAGGUAGAGCCCAAGGAAUGGGUUCGACGUCUGCGUGCCUCCAAUCCAGACCCGAGUGUGAACCCGCCAAUCAAGCUCGUGGACUUCUUCGCCUCAAAGUAUGACAAGGAUGACUUUACACCAUCCAAGAGUUUCAUUACCGACGGUGCGGUUUCAUUAUCUCCUGCGCUGGCCAAUGCCCCCGUUCUCGGUCAGCAGCUCGUUGAUAACUUCGUCAGAUACUUCAGUGCCAAUGCCUGGAAGGUCAAUGCACGUCAGUCUGAACCACCGAAGAGGGUCAUUGUCAUAGCUGGCCCCGCGGGCUGCGGCAAAUCCACGUUGUCUACGGCGUUGUCUAAAGCUCUGGCAAUCCCAUUUAUCGAAGGUGACGGCCUACACUGCAAGGCCGCAGUGGAAAAAAUGGCGGGCUGUGUUGCACUCACUGAUGACGAUCGGGCUCUGUGGCUGAAACGCAUCUCGAAGCGCUCCGUCGAGUCUAUUUCAGAUCUUGGCUUCGACUCAGUCGUGGUAAGCUGUUCCGCCCUCAAGAGGGCAUACCGAGACACGAUCAGGAAGACUAUCCAAACCGAGGGCGGUGACUUGGUCUCAGUUGUCUUCAUAGAUCUUCAGUGUACAAAGGAUACCUUGCUCCAAAGAACACUCAGUCGCCAGGGUCACUACAUGUCAGCGUCGAUGGUAGAUGGCCAGGUUUCCACAUACGAGGCGAUUGAUGAAGCAGAGGCAGAUGUUCUUCCGGUUGAUGCUGAGAUGUCGCCGGAGCAGGUAUUCUUGGAGGUGCAAUGGCUCCUGGACUAG